GUGCAGAAAACCGACCAAUGAGAAAACGCCCUGUUGGCCCUACAGGCAUCCCGUCAUGCUGUCGGACUGAGCGCUACGUCAGCAGUGAGACAGAAACAUGGCGGUGUCCAACGCUCCAGUGUUCAUAUUAAGUUUUCUCGCAGCGUCAGUAUUUCACCGCAGCCUCGCAAACGUCGCUGCGGAAGGUUCGACUCCGGAGGAGCCUCCUCACCGCCGCUUUGAGUACAAGUACAGCUUCAAAGGACCGCACCUGUCUCAGUCCGACGGCGGCAUCCCGUUUUGGAUUCACAGUGGAAAUGCUAUUCCAAGUGCAGACCAGGUGCGGAUUACCCCGUCCCUCAGAAGUCAAAGGGGCUCUGUGUGGACAAAAAAUAAAGUCCACUUUGAGAACUGGGAGGCUGAGGUGACCUUCAGAGUAUCAGGAAGAGGCAGGAUGGGAGCGGAUGGUUUGGCUGUGUGGUUCACCAGCGAGCAAGGCCUCGACGGCCCAGUGUACGGUGCUGCUGACACGUGGAAUGGAAUCGGAAUUUUCUUUGACUCGUUUGACAACGAUGGAAAGAAAAAUAACCCGGCCAUACUCGUCGUCGGGAACAAUGGCAAUCUUGUUUACGACCAUCAAAAUGAUGGCACCACACAGGCCCUUGGAACGUGUCUGAGAGACUUCCGAAACAAACCGUAUCCGAUCAGAGCCAAAAUAACAUAUUACAGGAAGACGCUGACGAUUUUGAUCAACAAUGGAUUCACUCCAGACAAAGAGGACUAUGAGUUCUGCACAAAGAUUGAAAACAUGGUUAUUCCGACUGAAGGCUUCUUUGGCAUCUCAGCCGCCACUGGUGGUUUAGCAGACGACCACGAUGUUUUGUCAUUCUUGUUAUUCAGACUCACUGAACCAGGCCAACAACCGCCCUCUGUUGACUCUGAGAUUUCUAAAGAGGAGAAAGACAAGUACCAAGAGGAAUUUCAGAACUUUCAGCAAGAGCUUGAUAAAAAGAAGGAAGAGUUUCAAAAGGAACACCCAAACGUCCAAGGAGAGCCAAUCGACGAUUUGUACGAAAGUGUGAACGACCGCGAGAUUCGUCAGGUGUUUGAGGGCCAGAACCGGAUCCAUAUGGAAAUUAAGCAGAUCAACCGGCAGCUCGCCAUGAUUCUGGAUGAGCAGCGCAGAUAUGUUUCAGUUAUCACAGACGAGAUUUCCAAGAAGGGGACAAGUGCUGGGUCGGGACAGCUUGAUUCUGCGAGUCAACAGCUCAGCUCCGUUAUCUCCACGCAGCAGGAGCUUCUCAGAAACCUGAACGAACUGAGAAGCUCCUUCCAUGAGUCUCUGAAGCAGAUCGGUUCAGUCCAGCACCAGGGUAAUGCCGGCGGAGUGGGGACAUACGAGACCAUUCAACACUUCAAUGACAUCAAAGAGAAUCUUCACACAGUGAAAAGAGACGUGGAGCACCUGGUGCAGCGCAAUGUUCAGAAUCCAGGAGAUAAGGUUGUAAAGUGCCCUGAGCUGCCUCCCAUGCCUUCCUGCUUAUCCACUGUUCAUUUUGCAAUAUUUGUUGUCAUCCAGACGGUCUUAUUCUUCUGCUACAUCAUGUACAAAAGUCAACAAGAAGCAGCAGCCAAGAAGUUCUUUUGAUGACGUUGGUUUCUAGAACAAAAGUAUGCACGAAGAAAUGUCUGGUUUUUUUUGUUUUGUUUUGUUUUUUUUUUUGGUCAAAUCAUUUUUGGAUUGUAAGUUAUUGUAUGUGGAAACUGAUUUUGUUUAGUGAGACUUUGUUUUAAUUAUUAGAACAUUUUUAAUUUGAUCCGCCAAUUGUGUGUGAGUGACGGUGUGAGUCUUUUCACCAUGAUGCAACAUGGUGCUUUCAGUAUUUCUGUUCACUCAGAGCUUUAGAUUUAGUUUUUUCUGAAAUCUGGGGUCUGCCGUGGCCUGACUUCAUAAAACUUAACCAACAGUUAAAAAGAAAAAAAAAAGAGAGAAAAGACAACCUGUGUCUAAAAGUGUACAUUGUGCGUAUUUUUGUAUAAAAUGCUACAGAUUUUCAGUGACCCAUACAUCAAGGAUCCACUUCAGUUUUUCUCUUCUCGUUAACUUUAAAAAAAUGUCUGAAUCUGCCUGAACAAUUUACAUAAACCAUUAAAAACC